CUGGCAAUGGAGGGUUUUUUAGAAACAGUUCGGGGAUAUCCGUGCCUGUAUGACAAGUCGAACGGCGAUUUUAAAGACAAGGAUCUGCGCGCCAACCGCUGGCACAUUAUUGGACAGCAGUUUGGCAUGACAGGCGAGCAGGCAGCGGGGAAAUUUAAAAACUUCCGCGACCGCUGGCUCAAAAUAGCCCUUGAAAAAAAGAAGGCCUGCAAGAGUGGUGCUCCCGGCAAGGACGGGAAAGUGAAGACCGAGUGGACGUACUUUGAUAUUGUCGACAGCAUCCUGCGGAGCACACCGUACUACGCGGAAAAGUAAGGUGCACUUGUGAAGUGUCGUUCACCUCUGUUC